AAAACCCUUUGUUCCGUCGCGAAAGAUUUCGGAGUCCCCUUGGCGAAGUUGUCUUGUCUGAGCAUGGAGAAGAGCUGCAGAGACUCUGUCGUGUCCGAACUGCAGAAAAAAAAAGUUCAUCUCUUUUACUGCUUGGAAUGUGAAGAACUCGCUCGCAAUAUUGCCGCUGAAUCCGAUCUUAUCAUCCUUCAAUCCAUCAACUGGAGGAGCUUUGCUGAUGGAUUUCCGAACCUGUAUAUAAACAAUGCGCAUGAUAUCAGAGGCCAGCACGUUGCCUUCCUUGCUUCGUUCAGUUCUCCAGCCGUUAUCUUCGAGCAACUCUCUGUCAUAUACUUGCUUCCCCGCCUGUUUGUUGCCUCCUUCACGUUGGUAUUGCCCUUCUUUCCCACUGGCUCCUUUGAGAGAAUGGAAGAGGAAGGAGAUGUUGCAACUGCUUUCACCAUGGCCAGGAUUCUCUCUAACAUUCCCAUCUCACGUGGUGGCCCCACUAGUUUAGUCAUCUAUGACAUACAUGCUCUUCAGGAAAGGUUCUACUUUGGUGAUCAGGUUCUUCCCUUGUUUGAGACUGGAAUUCCGUUGUUGAGGAAACGUCUUCAGCAGCUUCCCAAAGAUGAUAAAAUAAUAGUUGCAUUUCCAGAUGAUGGGGCAUGGAAGCGCUUCCACAAGCUGUUGGAUGAAUAUCCCACGGUGGUGUGCACAAAGGUUCGUGAAGGUGACAAAAGAAUAGUUAGGCUGAAGGAGGGAGACCCAGCCGGUUGCCAUGUUGUUAUUGUUGAUGAUUUAGUGCAGUCGGGUGGUACCCUAAUCGAAUGUCAGAAAGUAUUGGCAGCUCAUGGAGCCAAGAAGGUGAGUGCGUAUGUAACUCACGGUGUUUUCCCCAAGAGCUCAUGGGAGCGUUUCACUCACAAGAACAACGGGUCGGAAAAUGCUUUCAACUACUUCUGGAUCACGGAUUCUUGUCCAAUCACAGUCAAGGCCAUAGAAAACAGGGCUCCCUUUGAAGUCUUGAGUCUUGCGGGAUCCAUUGCUGAUGCUUUGCAGAUCUGAGCAUAGACAAGUCUUAAGCUAAUCUGGGUUGUGUUGUACUCUAGACAAUGCCCUUGGUAAUGAAAUCAUGAAUAAUCUGGUCAUCCCAACUAGAUCAUGACCCUGAGAAUAACUUGGGAGACAUUACGGAACCUCGCACAGUGUUCUUGUUAAUCGUUCUUAUUUUGCAUUGACUAUAAUUAGAGUUCUUUUAUCAACCAA